AUGCGACCGGAAACCUUCGAACUCCUCAAAACCAACACUCAAAUCGCUUCUGUAAUCUUGUCAGUACUAUUCAACUCUUUUCUAAUUAUCCUAAUCAUCACAAAAUCCGCCAAGAAAAUGGGAAACUAUCGUCAUCUUAUGGUGUUUUUCUGCUGCUGCUCUAUCAUGUUCUCAUCGAUGGAUAUCUUCGUGAGACCCGUGAUUCAUACUCAUAAAAGUGCAUUCUUUAUGAUUAUGGAUUUGAGGAAUAGGGAAUUGUCGAUGGAUUUCGCUGGUGUUAUGAUUUGCGCUAUGGCUGGCUGCUUCGGAGUCAUUAUCUACGGUAUUGCCAUCCACUUCAUCUAUCGAUAUUUCGCACUGGAAAGACACGGAAGGAUCAAGUAUUUCGAUAAGAAAUUUCUUCCCAUCUGGUUUUCGAUCCCAAUACUUGGAGGUGUCAGUUGGACCCUUGUCUCAUGGUUCCUGUUCCCAAUGGCGCCAGUGACAUCAGCGUAUAUCGGCCCCGCCAUCCGAGAAGCCUUCGACAUGGAUAUCAACCGCUCUGCAUACGCCGCUGCUCUCUUCUACCCGCUGGACGAAAAUGGUCAAAAACUUUUCAACGCGAAAUGUGGCAUCGGUCUCAUCUUAUACCUGUUAAUCAUGUCGAUCCCAUUCUGCAUCGUACUCUAUGUCGGUGUGAAAAGCGUGGGAAAAAUCAAACAAUUUCCAUCUUCAAAUUAUGGAAAAGGGUUGCAAGUGCAGCUACUCAAGGCAUUGAUUGCUCAGACAGUGAUCCCAGUUCUUCUGCUCUUCGUCCCAUUCGGUGUUCUAUUUCUCUGCCCAAUUUUCGAAAUAGACUGCAAGCCGUUGGCUACUGUAUUGACAUUUGUCUAUGCGAUAUACCCAGUUGUGGACCCGUUACCCAUAUUUUUCUUUGUUCAAAGUUAUCGGAAUGCUGUCUCAGAAAUAUUUGCUUGUUUCCACUGUCGGGGGAAGUCAAGAGUCCAUAUUGCUCCGGAAGAAGUUUCCAGAGAUGCAGAAUCUCAAUGA